AAUCCAUCUUCCCUCCCGACCUCCUGUCGCUCAAAGGCAGCCAAUUCCUCUCACUUUCUCUUCUUCGCCAUGGCGCGGAUCGGGCGCCUGGCCUUCCUGGCCAUCGCCGUUUUGUUUCACGUGGUUUAUAUUUAUUCCAUCUUUGAUGUCUACUUCGUCAGCCCGAUCGUGAGUGGGAUGAAGGCGUUCAAGGUGGAUGCUGUCAAGGCACCUGCGAAACGUUUGGUGCUAUAUGUUGGCGACGGACUGCGAGCGGACAAAGCCUUCCAAUUCUUCCCCGAUCCCUCUCCCUCCGCUCCAAUCGAUGAUCCGGCGGCGCAAGUUCCACGCCCACUGGCCCCGUUCCUGCGAUCGCGAGUUCUCGAGCACGGCACAUUCGGAGUCUCCCACACCAGAGUCCCUACCGAAUCCCGACCGGGACAUGUUGCGCUGAUCGCGGGAUUGUACGAGGAUGUAUCUGCUGUUACAACAGGUUGGAAGUUGAACCCCGUCAACUUCGACAGUGUUUUCAACAGGAGCAGUCACACUUGGUGCUGGGGCAGUUACGACAUUCUGCCCAUGUUCGCUGAAGGUGCUGUCCCUGGAAGAGUCGAGGAUUACACCUACCCACCUGAUAUGGAGGACUUCAGUAUGGACGCUACAUUGCUGGACAUCUGGGUGUUUGAUCGGGUAAAGCAGAUGUUCAAAGAUGCGGAGACAGACCCGGUGCUCAAUGCGAGAUUACGAGAAGAGAAGAUUGUCUUCUUCCUUCACCUGCUAGGGCUGGACACCACUGGCCACGGCAAGCGGCCGUACUCGCGAGAGUAUCUGCAUAACAUCCAAGUCGUCGAUCAGGGGGUCCAGGAGAUCACCGAAAUCAUGGACAGAUUCUACGGCGAUGACGAAACUGCGUAUGUCUUCACUGCAGACCACGGGAUGAGCGAUUGGGGCAGCCACGGAGACGGCCACCCGAACAAUACACGCACGCCGUUGAUUACCUGGGGUGCGGGAGUCGCCAAACCAGUGACUUUUCAAGGUGCCACGGCGCCCGGACAUGACGAGCUGUCGAGCGACUGGCAUUUGGACCAUGUGCAGCGCCAUGAUGUCGGACAGGCCGAUGUGGCGACGCUCAUGGCGUACCUGGCUGGACUGGAAUUUCCCGUCAACUCCGUCGGCAAGCUUCCUCUGACAUAUCUUGCUAGUGACGACCAGGAAAAAGCCAAGGCAAUGUACGUCAACGCACAACAAAUCCUGGAGAUGUACCAUGUGAAAGAAGAGCAGAAGAGCGCGACAGUCCUUCAAUACCGACCAUAUCCGGGCUUCGCCGAUGCCGAGCACUCUGUCGAACAUCGUUUGGAGACUAUUGAGAAGGCGCUUCAAGCUGGCCAGUAUGCCCGUAGCAUCCAGCUAUCCAACGAGUUGAUCGACGUCGGACUCGAGGGCUUGCGCUAUCUGCAAACAUACGACUGGUUGUUCUUGCGGGCGCUGGUGACGCUGGGCUACAUUGGCUGGGUGGCGUUCGCCUUCACAACCGCAAUCGACAUGCACGUCCUCGACGGCAAAGUUGAAGCCUCGCGAUCGACCGCGUCAAUGUCCGUCUUCGGAGCGAUUCUCGUCGGUCUCUUCAGCUUCCUUUUCAUUCAGUCUUCGCCCAUCACAUACUACGCCUACGCCAUCUUCCCCGUCAUGUUCUGGGAAGAAGUCUUUGUCAGACGACAGGCGCUGGUGCAAGCUACGAACAAACUCAUGUCGCACUCUUCCAACUCCGACGCCGCGAAGCUGGCGCUCAAGGUGGUCGCAUACAUUGCUCUGCUCGAAGUCAUGGUGCAGAGCUACUACCAUCGCGAAGUCUACACGUACUGCUACUUGGGGCUGAGCGUGUGGCCUGCACUGUAUGGAUGGCGAUUCUGGCAGGAUAACUGGACGCUUUGUCUUACAUGGACACUGGGAUGUCUAGCCAUGAGCGUUUUCACUGUCAUUCCGGCGCUGAAGACUGAGGAUGCUAGCUUGAUCAUGCUCGGUGGCUUCCUGAUCCUCAUCAUUGGAGCGCUGUACAUUGCUUUUGAGAAAAGCUUGCUUGUGCCAGCUGCACAGGCGAAGGAAGGGUUGGGCUCUGCGAAAGCGGAUACUCUUUCGCGGUCCAUCCUGGGGGUUCAAGUUGGACUCAUCGCGCUUGCCAUGCUGGUGACUCGGUCGAGCGUUGCUUCUCUACAAACAAAGCAGGGCCUGCCGUUGGGCACCCAAGCUGUCGGCUGGAUCACACUUGUCGCCUCCCUAGUCGUCCCCUUCCUCCACGCCCUCAGCCCUCGAGAUCACUACCUCCACCGCCUCGUCAUCAUCUUCCUGGCCUUCGGCCCGCUCUUCAUCAUCCUCACCAUCUCAUACGAAGGCCUCUUCUACUUCGCCAUAGCCGUCACCCUAGUCUCCUGGGUCCGAUUGGAGCACCGCAUCCACCAAGCCUUCUCCCCACGAUCAUCCUCAUCAACACCACCCUCCGACCUCACCACCCCACUCGCCCCGGCCGCAAACGCAGCCGCACAACGCGACUCCGCCCUCGCGACCCCCACCACCGCCUACCGCACCCUCACCCUCUCCGACGCCCGCAUCUCCCUCUUCUUCCUCUACCUCCUGCAAUCCGCCUUCUUCAGCACAGGCAACAUCGCCUCCGUCUCCUCCUUCUCCCUCGACGCCGUGAACCGCCUCCUCCCCGUCUUCGACCCCUUCAGCCAAGGCUCCCUCCUGCUGCUCAAAAUCCUCGCUCCUUUCGCCCUCGUCUCCGCCAAUUUGGGUAUUCUCACUCGCCGCUUGAAACUCCGAGGCGGAUCGCUGUUUGCUGUCGUCAUGGGGAUUGGGGAUUACUUGACGCUGAGGUUCUUCUGGGAGGUGAGGGAUUAUGGCUCUUGGCUGGAUAUUGGCGAGAGCAUUAGUAUGUUUGUCAUUGCGAGUGCGCUUUGCAUUUUUGUUGCUGCGCUCGAGGCGCUGAGUGAGGUGUUGAUUCGUGGGGUUGCGUUUGAGGAUGUGCCUGUUGCUAUGUCUGGGAGGAAGGGGAAGGGGAGGGAGGUCAAUGGCGGUUUGAAUGGGCAUGCGAAGAGCGGGAAGAAGGCUGUCUGAUAGUCUCUUUCAGCGGGCUGCUGUAUAAAUAGAGGGUUGAAUACCCUAGCCUGUCACAAGAGGAAGCGUCGUUCGAACAAU